UCAGCCCUGGAGUGGUGCGGUGUGCAAAGCCCACUGGUUGGCGUGGCCCGGGACACGCCUUCCCCGGAGCGGAACAAAACGGCGCGCAGGCCGGGCGCACCCAGCCGCCACUUCCGAGAGCGCCUGCCGCCCGUGCGCCGCCGAGCCAGCUGCCAGAAUGCCGAACUGGGGAGGAGGCAAGAAAUGUGGGGUGUGUCAGAAGACGGUUUACUUUGCCGAAGAGGUUCAGUGCGAAGGCAACAGCUUCCAUAAAUCCUGCUUCCUGUGCAUGGUCUGCAAGAAGAAUCUGGACAGCACCACUGUGGCCGUGCAUGGUGAGGAGAUCUACUGCAAGUCCUGCUAUGGCAAGAAGUAUGGGCCCAAAGGCUAUGGCUAUGGGCAGGGCGCAGGCACCCUCAGCACUGACAAGGGGGAGUCUCUGGGCAUCAAGCACGAGGAAGCCCCUGGCCACAGGCCCACCACCAACCCCAAUGCAUCCAAAUUUGCCCAGAAGAUUGGUGGCUCCGAGCGCUGCCCCCGAUGCAGCCAGGCAGUCUAUGCUGCGGAGAAGGUGAUUGGUGCUGGGAAGGGAUUGUUAUGAGGUCACAAUGAAGAUCCUUGCCAUUGACUAAAGGAUAUGAAAACAGGAGACAUUAAUACUAUUGUUAAGUUGGGUUUUUUGUUCUAUCUCAUUAUGAGAAUAGAAAAUUAUUAAGAAUAGCUAAGAAUCACUAUUUCCAUUACUUAGGCAGGCUAAAAGGUAAAGUUAGGGCUGUACUAAGGAGUAGGAUAAGAUAAUUUUGCAUUCAAGUGGAAAAGGUAGGGAGAAGCCCCCACCUUUCUAUUGCCUCGCUCAAGAAAUGUUGAGGAGCUGGGAAUACGUUUGGGUGCUUAUGAAUAGCAAAGGGAUUCAGCUUAUUUUGGCAGGGGAGUGGCUAGGAAAUAUGAGAGGUGUUGGUCUAGGUGUGAUUCAGUUUUUCUCUAGCCUGGAGAGCUUGGGGUAGCAGCCCCUUGCUUUAUAGAGGAGGCAGCAAAGGCUGGGUGACUACUGAGGUUGCACUGGCACCGACCUAGACCCAGGUCCCCCAAUUUCAGCUCUUUGGAGAAGAAGCCAAUGGGCAAGGUUAGGCAACCAGGAAAUCUGAGGGGAUGAAUUUCCCUUCUCAUCCGCCAGCCUGGGCACUAGGAGUGUCUUUGCCCUUAAAAGGCCUUGUUUUGUCUUAUCUGACUGCUGCCUGCCUCUUGCUUUUCCUGGGUUAAGCAGAGCUGUCUACACAUUAGCCUCUUAGCCUGCCCAGCUGUUGAUGGGAGCUGGCUUCUAAGAAGUCUGUCUGUGCAACGUACCAUCACUGUGUACAAACUUGGGCCUCACUUUUUUUUUUUCUGGGAGAGCUGUUUGCCCUGUGUUACAGAAUGGAUGUGAGGACUAGAUUAAACAUAUGAUGUCUGGUCACAAAGAAGGUAUUUGUAAUUGGGAUUCUCCUGGACCAGCCCAGCCUCUGAAGUUCUAGAAUUAGGUGCCUCCUUUGCCCAAAGGCUAUCAGCUAUUGGAGGGUAGGGUGGCAGUAUGUCCCCCACUGGGUAGCUGUGAACAUUAACUGACUUCACCAGUGUAAAGUGCCUGGCACAGGGCCUGGCACAGAGGAAGCCAGAGUCAAUGUUGUCUAGUAUCACUUUGGAAGGAGAAUAAGUCUAUGAAAUUGCAUUAAACUCAGCAGGAGAAGUCCUAAGGAGUGUAGUUUCUCCAGGGGCCACAGAAGACCCUUUGUGUCUCUAUGAGAUGCCCCAAGGCAACACGGGGCAGAGAGGUCUUCCUGGUGAGGGCUGUUCAAGUACUAAGUGACAGUACCAGGAGGAGUGCAAAGCCCUGGCUCACACCACUGAUCUACUGGCAAGAUGGGUCUGGAGAAGGCUCAUCUGGCCCAGCCAGUGGGGGGAACAGCUACCUUGGUGUUAAACCCACCCCCUCACCUGCCUUUUGUGGUAUAGCUGGUGACCCUAAUCAUCAGGCCAUUGCAACAUAGCAUGGAAGAUGGUGCGAGGUGGCAUGUGGUCCCUGGCCUUCUCCCUCUACUGCCUUGCACCAUGGGCCAUGUCCUCUCAGCAGCACCAGUUGAACAGACUUCAGAAGUGGCUUGAGCCCUUAUACCAUGGUUAUGUCAAAGGGAGUGGGCCUGGGGUGGAGGGUACCCUCAUCACUGGUGGCAGCCAUUAACUAUUUCCUUCCCUGCCUAGUCCUGGCAUAAGUCCUGCUUUCGAUGUGCCAAGUGUGGCAAAGGCCUUGAGUCAACCACCCUGGCAGACAAGGAUGGCGAGAUUUACUGCAAAGGUGGGUGUUUUCACUUCUAAUUGAGGGUCAGGAGGCCCAAGGGGGUGCAGGGGCUAAGUAGUCUUGCCUUUGCUGAAUGUAAACUAAUUCCUGGCCUUGGGAUCCAAGAUCCUGAACAUCUAGUAUGAUUCCUUCAUUGUACAGAUGAGGAAACAAGACCAGAGGGGGAAAGCAACUUGGCCAGCAUCAUCUGGCAAAUCGAGGCAGGCAUAGAGCUAGACUUCCUAACUCCCAGUCCAAUGCUCUUACAGCAGAUGAUGCUUCUGUAAUUUCAGUGGCUGGGGCAAUGGGUACAGGGUGGAACCAAGAGCCUCUUCACCAUUUUACUAUUGAGACUGGGGUGCUGUGGAGGUGAGGGGGUCCUAGUGGACCUUUCUUCCCUAGCGGCCUGGCUGGGCACUAGGAGUGGGGGAUCUUCAGCAGGAGGGUGGGUGGUGCGGCUGGGGGUGGAGGAGGAACAUGCCCUUAUUGCACUUCUCUCUCCUCUCUCUGCAGGAUGCUAUGCUAAAAACUUCGGGCCCAAGGGCUUUGGUUUUGGGCAAGGAGCUGGGGCCUUGGUCCACUCUGAGUGAGGCCACCAUCACCCACCAUGCCCUGCCCACUCCUGCGCUUGUCAUCGCCAUUCCCUUCCCAGCAGCUUUGGAGACCUCCAGGUUCAUUUCUCUCAUGCCUGCCACAUAUCACUAAUGACUUGAACUUGGGCAUCUGGCUCCCUUUGGUUUGGGGGUCUGCCUGAGGUCCCACCCCACUAAAGGACUCCCCAGGCCUGGGAUCUGACACCAUCACCAGUAGGAGACCUCAGUGUUUUGAGUCUAGGUGACAGCAGGCCCCUCUCCCCACACUUUGCCCCACAGAGCUCUGUUCUUAGCCUCUUGCGCUGCACGUCCACCAUCAGCUGGCCAAGACACCUGGGGACACAUCUUGGCGCCCAGAGGAGCAGCAGCAACAGGCUGGAGGGAGAGGGAAGCAAGACAAAGAUGAGGAGAGGGGAAGGCUGGGUUUCUUGGAUCCCAGAGAUCCUCCUCUGUGGGAAAGAAGGUGGGUUUCCUGGUGUCCCUCAGAGUAAGCCUGAGGAGUCCCAGCUUAGGGAGUCACUACCGCAGGCAGAGAGGCAGGCAGCGGGGUCCUAGGAGCCCCUGCUUCUCCAGGCCUCUUGCUUUAGAGGCUUUGUGGAACGGAUAGCCUCCCACUAGGAGUGGGAGGAGAAUAACCCAGGUCUAAGGACCCCAAAGUCAGGAUGUUAUUUGAUCUUCUCAGACAUCUAGUUCCCUGCUUGAUGGAGGGAUCCUAAUGAAAUACCUGAAACAUACAUUGGCAUUUAUCAAUGGCCCAAAUCUUCAUUUAUCUCUGGCUUAACCCUGGGUCCUAAGGCUGUGGCCAGCAGAGCCCAGGCCAGGGUUCUGUUCUUGCCACACCUGCUUGAUCCUCACAUGUGGAGGAAGGUAGGCAUAGCCUCAGUCUUCAUCCAAACACCCCUUUCCUUUGCCCUGCGACCUCAGAAUCUUCCCUUUAACCCAAGACCCUGCCUCUUCCACUCCACCCUUCUCCAGAGACUCUUAGAUCACAUCAUUCCAGCCCUUCCAGGCCCCAAGUUAGGAGUGGUGGUGGGAGGAAGGGAAAGGGCUGGGCCUCACUGCUCCCAGCGACUGAAAGGACGACACUAUCUGGAGCCACCCACUGAAAGGGCUGCAGGCAUGGGCUGUACCCAAGCUGAUUUCUCAUCUGGUCAAUAAAGCUGUUUAGACC